GUCCCGAGAGCCGGCUGCUGUGAGCCUGGAGCGGGGUUGUCAGAAGUAGGUGGGGCAUAAGUGACAUCAUUCUCAGGAACUAAGGAACCAGCUGAAGCUGAGAGAGAUUUCAUUUUUAUUUUAAGUACACCAAGAAGGAUGGCUAACAAUAUUCAACCACGCAUGUACUCUGCAGAACUCUAUCAGUAUUGCUUGAAGAAAAAUUUGCAGGUUAGCUAUAAAGAAAUGUCAGUGACUGGACCGCCUCAUAACUCUGAGUUUACCACCAACGUUAUAAUAGGAGACAGAGAAUUUCCAGAAGGUAAAGGAAGAGCAAAGAAAGACGCAAAAAAUGAUGCUGCCAGGCUAGCUCUUGACAUACUAGAAAACGAGGAUGCGACCUCUUCAAGAUCACCUAUGCCACUGCAACCAUCAGGAGUCUCAGAAGAAAAAAUGUUACCCUGUAUAAAUUAUAUAGCCUGGAUUAAUACCUACAAACAAAAGAACAAAGUCAAUAUAGAUUUUCUUACAGAUACUGUGUUUGUAUCUUCUGGUGUUCCAAGAUUUUCUUGCAGGUGCAAGAUUGGGGAGAAACUCUAUACUGUUGGUUGGGGAUCUACUAAACAAGACGCAAAACAAUCUGCAGCCAAGAAUGCAUAUGAGCAAUUGAUAUUAGGCAACAAUUCACAGGAUAUGAGCUCUUCAGUGCCACCUGAACCAUCUCAAUGCUCAAGAGUCUCAGAAAGCAAAACAACACUCAAAAUAAAUUAUAUUGAUCCUCUGAACCAGUAUGCACAAAAGAAGGGAAUCACUUUGAAUUUCCCAACAGAAACAAAAUUGGAACCUAAUGGACUUCAGAGUUUUUCUUCUAUCUGCAAAAUUGGGGACAAAUCUUAUGGUCCUGCUACAGGAUCUAGUAAGAAAGAAGCUAGACAAGCUGCAGCUAAGAUUGCAUGUGAGAUGAUGCAAUUAGUUGACACUUCACAGAAAAUUUAUUCAACAUCUUCUGCUUCUGCCGCUUCAUGGAUUGAUUUUAACAAAACACCUUCAAGUUCAUCAAUAUUAAAUGGCGUGGCAGCUGAAAGAGGAUUCUCAGAGGAUGCUUCAGAAAGGAAUAGUAUUGAUAGCUUACAAAAUUUUUCCUCAUAUUCUCCGAAAUCUACUGGAAGUUAUCAACAGAAGAGUAAAAGACUUUUGGCACCUACUUUUCAUAAUUCACCCAGCAAUAAUGAGAAAAAAGAAAACAUGUUCAGUAGCAAUGAAAGGUUUCUCAAGGAUUUUGAUGACAUAACAACACUUAACAGUGGUGGAUUUGGCCAAGUUUUUAAAGGAAAACACACAGUUGACGGCAACUUUUACGCCAUUAAACGUGUUACGUUUGAUAAUGAGAAAGUAAGGCGUGAAGUAAAAGCUUUGGCCAGACUUGAUCAUGAAAAUAUUGUUAAGUAUAAACUGUGUUGGGUUGGAGAAGAUACUUUUGAUCCUGAACAGAGUGGAUGUGUUUCAAGGUCAAAGAUUAACUGCCUCUUUAUUGUAAUGGAAUUGUGUGAAGGGGGGACAUUAAAAGAUUGGAUUGAUUGUCAAAGACAUAACAAUGAGCCUGAUAAAGCUUUGUCUUUGAACUUAUUUCAACAAAUAACUGCAGGAGUGGAAUAUAUACAUUCAGAAAAAUUAAUUCACAGAGACCUUAAGCCAUCUAAUAUAUUUUUAGUAGAUAAAACCAAAAUAAAGAUUGGUGACUUUGGACUUGUAACCUCAUUGAAAAAUAAAGAGGAUCGGACAAAAGGUAUAGGAACACUUCGUUAUAUGAGCACAGAACAGAGCAGUUCCCAAGAUUAUGGGAAUGAAGUAGAUAUUUUUGCAUUGGGAUUAAUCCUUUUUGAACUUCUUUACAUAUGUCCCACCGUUCAGGAAAUGGCAAGGAUCUGGGAAAAUGUGAAAAAUUGUAUCUUUCCAGAAGAAUUUGACAAGAAGUACCUUAAGGAGAAACUGGUACUAAUGAAGCUACUUUCAAAAAAACCUGAAGACAGACCCAAAGCAUCAAAAAUCCUGAAGAUACUGAAGGACUGGGAGAAAGAAGGGGGUGAUAAUGAGAAUAUGUAUUCACGUUCAUAUUAGGUGCUUUAUUGACAUGGUUGGGCUCUCAAAUUUCCACCUCUGAAAUGUGACUUAUUUUGCAAUUUCUGGAA